GAAUAAUAGUUAUAAAUUUCGAGCAGAAGGCGCGAUAAGGAGCAGUUAUCACUGAACGACUGUAUAAAAGAACCUCGUGGAUCUCCAACUAACAGUAGUACAACAACGUGAUGCUGUGUUAUGUGUUCAGUGUUUGAUGAACGUUGCUGAAAUGAAAGGUACUGGUAUUUUAAUAAUUGCUGUUUUAUUCGUUCAUAUCCACGGAGUUUCCUUGGAAAAGCCGGAAUGGCUAACAGCACUGGAGAAACGUCGAGAAGAGAAUGCGUUGAAAAAAGAGAGGCUACUGUCUCUUAUCCUCGAUUUAAAGAAUAAAGGAAACCCAGAAAACAAUACUUACGAACAGUUGAUAAUAAAUCUGAAAAAUCGCGGAGAUGAAAAUGAUCCCACGAACACUGACAAGCGGAGAUUACCACCAAAUUUAUUGUCGUUAUUGAAGAAUGACGAGAACAAAAAUUCAGAUCAACCUGAAAAAGAACCUGAUCAAAAGAAUCGCCGCAAAAGAGAUUCCAACAAGAACAAUGUUAUAAAUCCAGAUUCGAGUGAGGAGAACUCUAGCGACGAUGAUUCUGACGAAUCUAAUAACGACAAGGAUAAUGUAAUCAAAGAAUCUGGCCGAAACAAUCCUGGAAGAAACUCACACAAAAAGAGCUCCAAGAAAGACAAGUCUAGUAAGAAACUAAACUCCGAUGACGAUUCUAAUGACAGCGAUAGUAACGAGGCAAACAACGAUAACGAGUCCCGCCAAAAAGAUUCCCACAGAAGAAAUUUAGGCAAAGAUGAUACGGAAGAAGAUAAUUCCUCGGAAGAGGAAUCGAGGAACUCAUCUAAACAAAAUUCUAAAGAUAAGACGAAAAAAUGGGACUGGAUCAGGAAACAUGUAGAAAUUCAGAGAAAGAUACAAAGCAAACUGGCACAGAAUAAUAAUACUGAUCAUUGGAACGUAUCGAUAUCUAAUUUUAAUCUAUGGCACGAACGUAAAUUGAAUUCAGCCAAGCAGAGAAUUUUGAAUAUUUGUAACAUCUCGUCUGAAGUUGGGCAAGAGAAUAUUCGUGAGUUGAUAGGGAAGUGCAAGAGAGAUUACGCUAUUGCAUGGAAAAAUACGUCAUUGCCAUGGGUAAUUGUUAAGUUGAAAUCUUUGAACGACCAAUACCAAAUAUCGUCGACAGGGAAUGAGAAAAACUGGACAAAUAAUUCAACGGUUCAACGAGUUUUAGAUACGUUGAACAAGUUGAAAGUGAAUAACGAGUCGCUAUUAACUUUGUUGUCGCAAAGACAAAAUCAAGAGGAAAUUAUAAAAGCAUUAACUUCGGCAAAUGAAUCUGCAGUAUCGGCAAAUAUCGGUAUCGACCAAGGACACGGUUCAAGAAAUAUCGGCGGUGCAUCUGUUUCAAUAUCAACAUCGACAGACUUGGGCAUUCCUGCUGAUAAGGAUAUCGGGAAAGUGGGGGAAGAGCAGCAACUGGAAGACACCACUUCCUUGUCGAUCAAUAAAAUACUUACCAAUGAUGAAAAUAAUCAGGCAAAUUUAAAUGAUCUCGAGGGAAAUACGAAACCAGGUAAUAAUGAAACAGUGGAAUUGUCACAAACCGAUGAAAAGGUUGCAAUAUCUGGUGAACCGGAAGCUGAAACCUUGCAGUCAAAGACAAAUUCCACAGACAAACCAUUUGAGAGUGAGAAGAAAAAUACAGAUUUAAUUUCAACUAUUCGGCCAUUAUUCCAUCAAGAAAAUAAAGUUAAUAAUGCAAGUGAGAUUGCUACUACUAUUGAAAGCACUGAAAAGGUUACAACCGAAUCAAAUAACAUCGAAAACAAUAGAGAAUAUUCUGUAAAUAAUGAAAAUAAAACAUUGGAUCUAAAUGUUAAUGGAUCUGCAAUUGGCGAUAAACAAAUACAACAAUCUGUUUCCAAAAUAGAUGAACUUAUUGCAGAGAACAGAGAACAAAUAGGUGAACAUGUAAAUGAAAAUGUGGAAAUUAAUGACAUUAACGGGGCUAAUAUCAAUAACAUUGACGAAUCGUCCAACGAUACUUAUGUCAGAAUUGAUCCAAAUGUUAAGUUGGUUUCAGUAAAAGUGAAUGAUAUUGAAGCAACGAGUAGUCAAACAGAAAGCUCUACUUCUGAAAAUGAGAAACAAACGACAAGCGAAAAUCAAACGGUCAACGAUGAUGGAGUUGAUGAAAGUACGAGUACUAUAAGAACUCAAACAGAGAUAUCUUAUGAAAACAAUGAAAUACCUAACGAUACGAUUACUAACUUCGAGAAUUUGGAACAACCUCUGUGAAAAUUAGUGACAACGGAAUGAAAAUUGUGAGAAGGAGUUAAUAUCUGAAUUUAUUGUUUGGACUUCUCCAAGUUAAGGCUUGAAUAAUUCCAAUUUUUGAGAAUAUAUUAAUAAAAAUUGAUUACGAAGUAAAUUCCCGUUCAUUCUUUGCACAAAAAGUGAAGUUGGACAGUGGAAGAGGACAAUAAUGUAACUAAUAAUGAGUUAAUAAAUGUAUAGAAUAUUAGCUAUAACUUAUAAAAUUAAAAAACUAAUAGAUUUAUAAAAUAUUAUACCUUAGUAUUAUAUAUUAUGAAAUAUACAUGUGAGUAAUUCAUCGAAUUGUGGCGAGUAAUAAAGAACCGUUGGUAAAUAAAAUAUUUCAC